GACUACGUGGGAGUCGAACCCGGACACAUACACGUGGUGGGACACAGCCUCGGCGCCCAGCUGGCCGGAUACACGGGCCUGUAUCUCAAGGAAAGAGGAGCCUCGCUUGGACGAAUCACAGGACUCGACCCGGCGGAGCCAUACUUCGAGGGCACAGAACCGGUCGUCCGACUCGACCCGACCGAUGCCGAUCUGGUCGAUGUUAUUCACACGGAUGCUGGACCCAUCAUCACGGGAGGUCUGGGCACCCUGCAAACUUCAGGUCAUCUCGACUUCUUCCCCAACGGGGGCAUCACAAUGCCAGGAUGCGGCGCCCAUUUGAUCGACUCGGUGGCCAAGGAGCAGGGCAACAUACCCUACGGUAUCCGACGAUUCAUCGGCUGCAACCACAUUCGUUCCUACGAGUACUUCACAGAGUCGAUCAACGCCGCCUGUCCCUUCCUCUCGAUCGAGUGCGGGUCGUGGGAGGCCUACUUGAAGGGACGGUGCUGGGAGUGUGGGCGUAGCUGGGAGCGAUGCGCUAGGAUGGGCGCCCACGCCCACUCCCAUCUCAACUACACCCAGCCCAAGCAGACGGAGAGAAAGAUGUUUCUGAUCACUGGAGCUGAUAGUCCAUUUUGUACCUUCCACCACCGAGUGAGUGUGGUGAUGUCGUACUCGACGGAGGCUCGUCUGCAGGGCGGAGACGUCGGGGUCUUCUAUCUCACCUUGUAUGGUCAGAAAGGCCAGUCUCCUCGCAUCAAACUCAACCAAGAAGAGAUAUUCUUCGAACCGGGGAACGUCUACACCUACAUGAUCGGAAGUGCCGACCUGGGACACCUGAAGCAUGUCGUCUUAGAGUGGCUCUAUGUCACUGUCUACUACAACCCCCUCACCUGGCGUCUCCUGUCUCAACCGGUUGUCCAUGUCAAUCGCAUCCACAUCGAUUCCAUCGAGAUGCAAGAGAGGUACGAGUUCUGUGGGCUGGACAUGCCCUUCAGAUCUGGAACACGGAGGCAGCUGGAAUGGCAGGCGGCGUGUCCGGAGCAAGCUCCUUCUCCCGGAGCUUCGUUCCUUGGCACGCUCAUCAACUUCGACGUCGAGGACACCAUCUACAACAAUAUUGAUGCGGUCAACAGCGGCCUCAACAGCCUAGGAAACGGCCAGUUCAUCAGUAAUCUGGCCUCCUCCACCAAUCAGGUCGCCAGAGAGCUUAUGGAGAGUGCACGGAGGAGAAUAGGGGCUAGGGUAAACAAAAGGAGGAGGGAAGGAGAGGAUGAUACAAGUAGACGGAAACAACGAAGAUGGAGAGUUUGGGGAUAGAAGAAGGAAUUGGAAGAAACUGAAAGGACAGCAGAGAGAGAGAGAGAGAGAGAGAGAGAGAGAGAGAGAGAGAGAGAGAGAGAGAGAGAGAGAGAGAGAGAGAGAGAGAGAGAGAGAGAGAGAGAGAGAGAGAGA